AUGAACGCAGGACGCAGAACGCAACCAGAUUUACAGAGUCCUCGCAUUGAUAGAAUUAUCAACCCGGAAGUUUAUCCCACCAGGGAUGAGAGGGUCCACUUGGCAGCGGUUGGCGCCCGCCGAAAGCGACCGGUUUCAUCAGUUGUUCCCAACUCCCAAUCACAGGAUUCAACAGGAGAUGUCAUCCAGGGCCAAGGCGAGGGUUGUCUCGACGUGGUUGGCUGGUACCUGAACUGCAAUGCAACAAACGUGGACCCAGGGAACAUUCUUGAGGGGACGUGGAGUCUCCUUGUUCCUCGCUGCCAGCCGCGGGUCGCUCCGAUUAGGAUCGAUCCUGAUGCUCGACAAUCACACCUGAUCCGGUCGCAAAUCAUGGCAACGGCAGUGACACCAACCUUGGAACGAUCCUCCUUGGGGCCGCUGGAGACCCAUAACGGCUUGGGGAAACGUUGA